AGAAAAAAUGGCCAUUGCGGCGUCAGAAAACUAUCAGCUGAAGUGGCACAGCUAUGGAGCUCAUCUCCAUAGUUCAGUAGCUACUUUGCUUCAUUCGGAAUCAUUCGCUGAUGUUCUACUAGCUACGUCCUGUGGACGUCACGUUGCUGCACAUCGCUUCGUUCUUGCCGCCUGUUCAUCUUAUCUCAGUCAUAUAUUUCAGACUUGUCAUUUUGGUGCCAAUACCAACUCUCCAAUCAUCGUAGUCUUACCAAUUGAAAUUGGUUACCGUACAUUGAAAAUAUUAAUUCAAUACAUGUAUAGUGGCGAAGCAACAGUCACCAAUGAUCAGCUAGAAGGCGUUUUAAAAGCCGGUGAUAUACUAAGAGUCCGUGGAUUAUGGAGAUCUAAUACAUCGAGUAAGAAAGAAAAUAUUCAAUCAAAUAAUCAGAAAGUUGAUCGUGAUAAAAAAGAACAACAACAACCAGUGCCAGGACAAAUACAAAAAAUAAAAUUAGUCCAACCGAGUACUGAAAAAAUAAUUACCGAAGCUACGACAACACCUCAACCAGUUCCUGUACCGCUUGUUCAGCCAAUUAUAACAUCAACAACAACGAUGACAAUGACAAAUGCUACAGUACCAUCUCCUAGUCCACCAGUUCCGACAGUACUACCUGAGAAAAUGAAAGAAAAACCUGAAGAAGCGUCAAUGAAUACUGAACCGAAAAAAGUAGUAGAUGACCCCAAAAAUAAUGACCAAAUUAAGAAUAAAGAAAAUGUGGAAAAUGGAAAGAAGAAAAGGUCUAGAGAUAUUGAAACAGAUUCAAAUAAAUCUAGAAGUGAUGUUGGUGAUACAGAAUUAAAUUUGGGUCUUUUAGUGAAAGAUGAACCUAUUGAUUGGGAAGAGUCUAUGGAUCCUACUGAAUCGCUUACGAUAGAUCAUGACAUUGAUAUUAAACCAGAAAUUGUACACAGUGCUGACGAAGAUGGAGAGUUGGAAGAGGAGGAAGAAGAAGAAGAGGAAGAAUAUACACCUUUAACUUGUGAUAUGUGCAGCCAAACCUUUAAUCGUCCUUCUGAUUGGGUAAGACACAUAGAAUUUACACACGCAGAUAUGACAGAAAAUCGUCGGAAGAAACGUAAGGGUGACGAUGACGAUAAUAAAGAUUUUCCUCCAUUAAAAUGCGAUUUAUGUGGUAACAUGUAUCCUACACCUCAAGAAUGGGUUCGUCAUAUACAAACCGAACAUACCGAAGAACAAUUAGCCCUGAUGAAUAAUUCAGCACCGCCGAAACCUAAACGAGUUCAUAAUCAUCAAAAACUUUGUAAUAUUUGUCAAAAAGUAUUUCCAAGCCAUGCUUCAAUGGUAAUACACCAGCGAACGCACACGGGUGAAAGGCCAUUUCUCUGUUCUUACUGUAAAAAAGGUUUCAACGUAAAAAGUAACUUGUUAAGGCAUCUUCGAACACUCCAUGAUAAAUUUGUUCAUCCAAGUUUAUAUGGUAGUAAUGGCAGUAAAAAUGCCUAA